GUUCAUAGGUAAUGCAAGUGUUUUGCGCUCUCUCAUGAUCCUGGACCGAACAUGACUUCAGCUACAGACCCCUGCUCAUUUUCCUCAUUUUCCAAGUGCGUUACCAAGCACCUGAAUCUCACCUUCCAUGUGGAUUUUGACAGCCAUGUCCUCAAAGCUAAGGUCGCGCUCACGGUGGAGGUUUUAGUGGAUAAUUUCACGUCUUUGACCCUUGACACGAAGGACCUGAAGGUCUCCAAGGUAACAGCCAAUGGACAGGCAACAAAGUUCACUCUGGGACCCAAGCACAGGUUCAUGGGAACCCCUCUGGAGAUCACACUGCCAUUUGAGCUCUCCAGGGGUCAGCAUGUGAUCGUGGAGGUGACUUAUGAGACGGCUCCUAGUGCUUCUGCGCUGCAGUGGCUCACUCCUGAACAGACUGCUGGGAAGAAACACCCCUACCUCUUCAGCCAGUGCCAGGCCACCCAUUGCAGGAGCAUGGUACCCUGCCAGGAUACUCCCGCUAUGAAACACACCUACUAUGCCCAGGUGUCUGUCCCCAAGGAGCUGGUGGCUGUGAUGAGUGCUGUACGGGACGGAGAGGAGCCUGAUCCCCAGGACAGCAGCCGUGUCAUCUACCACUUCAGACAACCAGUGCCCAUGCCCUCUUACCUCAUUGCCAUCGUGGUGGGAGCUCUGGAGAGCAGAGAGAUUGGGCCCAGGUCUCGUGUUUGGUCAGAGAAGGAGUUUGUGGACAAGGCAGCAUAUGAGUUCUCAGAGACAGAGACCAUGUUGAAGACAGCUGAGGGCCUUGCGGGGCCGUAUGUGUGGGGCCAGUAUGACAUCCUGGUCCUGCCCCCCUCCUUCCCAUAUGGAGGCAUGGAGAACCCCUGCCUUACCUUUGCCACCCCCACGCUGCUGGCUGGAGACAGAUCCUUGUCCAAUGUCAUAGCCCAUGAGAUCUCUCACAGCUGGACUGGCAACCUGGUGACCAACAAGACCUGGGAGCACUUCUGGCUGAACGAGGGUCACACGGUGUACCUUGAGAGAAUGAUUGGCAGGUCUUUGGAGAGUGAACAGUUCAGACAGUUCAAGGCCAUAGGCGGCUGGAAGGACCUGCAGGAAUCAGUGAACACGUUUGGGGCCAACAACCCUCUGACCAACCUGGUUCCCAACCUGAAUGAGGUGGACCUUGACGAAGCCUUCUCCUCUGUCCCCUACGAGAAGGGUUUCGCUCUUCUCUACCACUUGGAGGAGCUCAUGGGAGGACCUGAGGUGUUUAUGGGUUUUGUGAAGUCGUACAUCCAGAUGUUUGCUUACAGCAGCGUCACUACUGAGGAGUGGAAGAAGUACCUCUUCACCUACUUUAAGAACAAGGUGGACAUCCUGAAUAAGGUGGACUGGAACGCCUGGAUGCACACCCCUGGGAUGCCCCCCGUCAAACCACAAUAUGACAGCACCAUGGCAGACGCCUGCAUCGCGCUGUGUAAGAGAUGGGUGAAGACCAAAGAGGGGGAUCUGGGGAAUUUCAUUGAGGUGGAUGUGAAGACUCUCUCCACCCACCAGCUCAUAGAGUUCCUGUCUCUGCUCCUGCAAGAGGAGCCCCUCCCCCUCAGCCAUGUGAAGAGGAUGCAGGAAGUGUACCAACUCAACGCCUUCAACAACGCAGAGAUCCGCUUCAGGUGGCUGCGGCUGUGUGUCAAGUCCAAGUGGGAGGAUGCCGUUCCCAUGGCACUGAAGAUGGCGACAGAGCAGGGGAGGAUGAAGUUCACACGGCCACUAUUCAAAGAAGUGUAUAACUUUGAUAAGUAUCAUGAGGAGGCGGUGCGUGUGUUCAUAGCCCACCGGGCAGCCAUGCACCCGGUAACGGCCAAUCUGGUGGCCAAGGACCUGAAGGUGGACGCCGACAAGAGCACCUGAUUCUAAUUGGAAUCCCACCAGAAGCACUCCAAGACUGGCAUUAUUACCGGGGGGACACCCCACCCCGUUGCCGAAAACGACCAGAGAAAGCUAGAGCGAAGCUUCCAGCCGCACCCCCACUUUUUAUAACGGUCUCUACUUUGCUUGGCAGCUAUUCAGAAUUGGCUUGUUUCUGUUUGUUUUACAUUAAGGUUUGUGAUAUGUCGAGCAUAUUCUGGACAAUUCUGAAUUUUUAAAUUUUAAUUCAAUUUGAAUUGGCCACACCCCACAGGAAGCAGAACUGGAAUUGAAGUUAGUCAAAUUUAAUUUAAACCAAUUAAACUAAGACAUGAAAGUCUAUUAAUUUGACAAAUCUUUUAUAAAAAGCAUAUGCCACUUAUUAAUGCAAAGAAUACACAUACCAUUUCAAAUAUUAUGGCUCUAUUCAAUCAGAUCUGCUUUAGCAGACAUCAGCAUAGCUUUUGUUUUGACAACGGAGGUGGAAUUGUUAGAUCUGUCAACUCUACAAGUGACUCCUGGCAUUAUAUCCUAAAGCAGACAUUGUCAUUGGCUGCACGGCAUUGCAUUAACAGAAAUCCCAUGGAGCCUUGUUUACAAGUUGAACACUGGAUUGUGAAAUGUAAUCUACACCUCGAUU